UGUGUGUUGAGGUCUGGUCGUUAUUUUGUUGUGUUUUUUUUAACAUUCCUGACGAAAAGCUGAAAGCGGAUCUAUUGAAGUUGAUUCGAGACCCGAUUGAUCUUUGGAGCCGAGGCGAUAAAAAGGGAUUGAUUGAGAAAGUUGGCAGGAGGGACAAUUUCCUGUUUCUUCGGCUGCCUUCCUCGCUUGGAUUCCUUAUGUGGGAGGCUGGUGCUGGGUCGCUGAGGAUCGUCGCGGAGCCUCUCAGAUCAGCUGUCGUACUCUCGGAUCUGUUUGUAUGAUGACUCUGAGUUCUGAAAUGUCCGAUGCGUCCAUCGUCUCGGAAGAGACCGACAUUGAUGUGGUGGGAGACGGGGCAGAAGGAGAGGAAGAUGAGGCCCAGGAGGGCAGAUCCUUUGGGGAAAUGGUGAGCCAAAUGCACUCUGAGAUUCUGAGCCCUCGCUCGCCCUGUGUAGAUAGCGCAUCGAACAGGGACCCUUACAAACCAGUCAGCAAGAACCCUCUGGUAAAGCCUCCUUACUCGUACAUAGCCUUAAUCACAAUGGCAAUCCUCCAAAGUCCAAAAAAAAGACUGACUCUGAGUGAGAUCUGUGAAUUUAUCAGCAAUAGGUUCCCAUAUUACAGAGAGAAGUUCCCUGCCUGGCAAAACUCCAUCCGACACAAUUUGUCCUUAAACGACUGUUUCGUGAAAAUUCCCAGGGAGCCUGGUAAUCCGGGGAAAGGCAACUACUGGACUCUGGAUCCCGAAUCUGCAGAUAUGUUUGACAAUGGCAGCUUCUUGCGGAGACGAAAAAGGUUCAAAAGACAGCAAUCGGCGGAUCUGCUCCGGGAGCACGCAUCCAUCAAGGCAGGCCCAUCCCAUCCCCCCGCCGUCCAUGCUGCCAGCGAACGAACUAGCCAGGAAUUCAUUCUACCCGCAGCUUAGCCCCACACUCCCGUCGGUGCAAUCUGUCAAACACAGCUCAACCAUAUCAAGGUCCCCUUUCUCCAUUGAAAAUAUCAUCGGGGCCAACGCCAAUCCGGCCAGCUGCUUAUCCCAGUCUCCAGCA